AGGGAGUUUGUUGGAUAGUGUCCGAGGGAUAAUAAUCGAUCCAUGUCUUGUUCGCUUUUACCUUUUCUGUUGGUUCUUUCAGCAGCCACUGCAUGGGCAAAUUAUACCUCGAGUUCUUUGGAGAAGUCUUGGCUAGGGAACCCUGAUUGGGCAGAGCGACCUUGCGCGUCGUCCGCGUGGAACAGAAUUCGGUUCGAACCAUUAGGCGAACUAUUGGUCGAAGAAGACAAUGGUCCUGGAUAUCUCAGUUAUUUCGAAUUCAAGCCUCUGAAUGGCAGUGCAGCUUUGACGAGUAGUAGAAAGUUUCAGAUCGAGCCUCUAGCCUUCCUACUGCGACACCCGCUGUGGCCUUGUGCAUCGGAAGAGGGUGUGCUUUUAGACCGAUACAGAAAGAAAAUCCAAAAUACACUAGAUGAAGAAAGUGCAACGGUGAGACGCUGGCAGGGAUGGCUCGGACAGAGGGUCGAAAAUAAGAAUGCAAAAAGUCAAAGCAUCGAUUCCGGCAUAGCCGAUUACGAUGAUGAAACUACAGCUUUUCAUGUGGUCUCGUAUGCUGGACGCGUGCUAGCAGGAGAGGAAGAUGACCACCAAGUAGACCUGUUAGUACCUCCAUUAGCUCGCCAUCUCCGUGCCUUGUAUACUCUAGCGACUGAUCGAAGCUACCUUCGCUUGGCCGAUGAGGAAUAUGUCCAUGAUUAUGCAAUCAACAACUUUAACAUGAUGAUGUUGGAAGUUGGGCAACAAGAAGAAUUGGAGGAAGAGAAAGGUCGUCGACCUCCUCUCUACCUUAUUGACAUCGGAGGAGGCUACUACGACACUGGUGACGGCGGUUCCAGUACGAAGUGGUUGUUGGAGAAGUAUCGACGUUUAGGGGUUCAAUUUGACGAAGUCUUCGUCUUCGAAAAGAGAAGGUUGGACCCGGAAAGAUAUCGUGAGCAGGUGGUGGAGCAUGUGAAAGAAGUACUCGUCCCAGAAAGUGGGGAAGAUGAAGAACUUCUUUCCAUGAUUACAACACUCCGGAGCAGGAACGAGGAGGGUACGCAGUUUAUCCUCGACUUGAGCAGCCUUGCACGUUUGCCUUAUUCACGAAUAACAGUGCUUUCCGCGUUUACGAUGCCUAGCUUGCCCGUGGAACAAGAUGAAACGCGCUCUGAUGAAGCAGCGGACGGCAUGGUAAUCUGGCAACUCUGCAGGGCACCUAAUGGUGUUUGCGUCUUGAAGCUGGACAUCGAUGACCCGGAGGUGGAGCAUGCUUUACUGGAUGCUAUACUGGGUGCAGUGGAGAACGAAGGCACUGCGACGAGCCUGAAUAUACUCGAACUCUUCUGGGAACCGCACACUCAUGUUCUUUUUAAUCCCAAUUUGAUGUCUAUGCAUCUUGAACAGCUUGUUUUGAACAGAAGGGAUCGAGAAGUACUACUAGGAGGACAUCUGCCUUCAUUUGCUAAACAUACAAGAACUGUAAGUACAGCUCGGAUAGGAGAUUUUCAAACGCCUUAUCGUUAUCUGCACUCCUUACGCAAGGCGGGAGUACGUGCACACGGAUGGAUCUGAACAGAAAUUUUUCUAACUGAGUGAAGAACCUAAGACACUUCACAGUUGUCCUCUACUUGCCGUUGCG